CGGAGGAACGGCUGUUGGCCUGUGGUUGAUUCAAGCUCCCGGCUGGUCGGGGGCUCCAGUGCUCUCCUUCUCCUCGCUGAGCGGCUGCCCGGCUGCCCGGUGCAGAAGAAGCCAUGACGCUCCGGAUCACCAGGAACAGUAAGAUAAAUGCUGAAAAUAAGGCAAAGAUCAGUAUGGCAGGGGCCAAGCGCAUGCCUGUGGCCGCUGUUGCAAUCUCUAAGCCCGGACAGAGGCCCCGAACAGCUCUUGGAGACAUCAGUAACAAAGUCAGUGAACAACAGCAGGCCAAACUGCCUCUGAAAAAGGAAACAAAAACCUUAGCUGCUGGAAAAGUUACUGCUAAAAAAGUACCAAAACCUCUGGAAAAGGCUCCGGUACCUGUGCCGGAGCCAGAACCGGAACUGGAGCCUGUUAAGGAAGAGAAACUUUCCCCCGAGCCUAUUUUGGUCCUUCCCUCUCCAAGCCCCAUGGAAACAUCUGGCUGUGCCCCUGCAGAAGAAUAUUUGUGUCAGGCUUUCUCAGAUGUAAUUCUUGCAGUGAGUGAUGUGGAUGCAGAAGACGGAGCGGAUCCAAACCUUUGUAGUGAAUAUGUGAAAGAUAUCUAUGCUUAUCUAAGACAACUUGAGGAAGAGCAAGCCGUCAAACCAAAAUACCUAAUGGGUCGUGAAGUCACUGGAAACAUGAGAGCCAUCCUAAUUGACUGGCUAGUGCAAGUUCAAACAAAAUUCAGGUUACUGCAGGAGACCAUGUACAUGACUGUUUCCAUAACUGAUCGGUUCAUGCAGGAUAAUUGUAUGCCCAAGAAGAUGCUGCAGCUGGUUGUAGUCACUGCCAUGUUUGUUGCAAGCAAAUAUGAGGAAAUGUACCCUCCAGAAAUCGGUGACUUUGCCUUUGUGACUGACAAUACCUACACCAAGUUUCAAAUCAGACAGAUGGAAAUGAAGAUUCUAAGAGCUUUAAAUUUUAGUCUGGGUCGCCCUCUACCCCUGCAUUUCCUUCGGAGAGCAUCUAAGAUUGGAGAGGUUGAUGUUGAGCUACACACUCUGGCCAAAUAUCUGAUGGAUCUAACUAUGCUGGACUACGAUAUGGUGCACUUUCCUCCUUCUCAGAUUGCAGCAGGAGCUUUUUGCUUAGCACUGAAAAUUCUUGAUAAUGGUGAAUGGACACCAACUCUGCAGCAUUACCUGUCGUACACUGAGGAAUCCCUUCUUGCUGUUAUGCAACACCUGGCAAAGAAUGUGGUCAUGGUGAACCGCGGGCUUACAAAGCACCUGACUAUCAAGAACAAGUAUGCCACAUCUAAGCAUGCUAAGAUCAGCACUCUAGCACAGCUGAAUUCUGCACUAGUUCAAGAUUUAGCCAAGGCUGUAGCAAAAGUGUAACUUGUGAACUUUGGAAUACUAUCUGCAAAUAAAAUUGGCACCAUGUGCCAUCUGUACAUAUUACAUGUUACAUUUAUUUACUUUUAAUAAAGUUGCAGUUCUU